AAUGCCGGAGCUAACUAACUUCAUUUACUACAGCGUAUAAAGGAGAGGAGAAGGAGCGAUUGUUUUUGUCUGUCAGAGCACAGAGAUUGUUUCUGUUCAGAGAAAUUAUUUCACAGUCACUAUCACUGACGGAUGAAAUGGCACAACGUGGAAAUCAACUGGACCGAGAAAGAUUCUGCUGUUCGAUCUGUCUGGAUCUACUGAAGGAUCCGGUGACUAUUCCCUGUGGACACAGCUACUGCAUGAACUGUAUUAAAACCUGCUGGGAGGUAGAGGAUCAGAUGCAUAUCCACAGCUGCCCUCAGUGUAGGCAGACCUUCACACCGAGACCUGUCCUGAUGAAAAACACCAUGUUAGCAGAUUUAGUGGAGGAGCUGAAGAAGACUGGACUCCAAGCUGCUCCUGUUGAUCACUGCUAUGCUGGACCUGAAGAUGUGGCCUGUCAUUUCUGCACUGAAAAAAAACUGAAAGCCAUCAAGUCCUGUCUGGUCUGUUUGGCCUCUUACUGUGAGACACACCUGCAGGCUCACUUUGAAUCACCUACCUUUAAGAAACACAAGCUGGUGGAUCCCUCCAAGAAGCUCCAGGAGAACAUCUGCUCUCGUCACGAUGAGGUGAUGAAGAUGUUCUGCCGUACCGAUCAGCAGUGUAUCUGUUAUCUCUGCUCUGUGGAUGAACAUAAAGGCCACGACACAGUCUCAGCUGCAGCAGAAAGGACUGAGAGGCAGAGAGAGCUCGAGGUGAGUCGACAAAACAUCCAGCAGAGAAUCCAGGACAGAGAGAAAGAUGUGAAGGAGCUUCAACAGCAGGUGGAGGCUAUCAAUAGCUCUGCUGAUAAAGCAGUGGAGGACAGUGAGAAGAUCUUCACUGAGUUGAUCCGUCUCAUGGAGAAAAGAAGCUCUGAUGUGAAGCAGCAGGUCAGAUCCCAGCAGGAAACUGAAGUGAGUCGAGUCAAAGAGCUUCAGGAGAAGCUGGAGCAGGAGAUCACUGAGCUGAAGAGGAAAGACGCUGAGAUGAAGAAGCUGUCACACACAGAGGACCACAACCAGUUUCUACACAACUACCCCUCACUGUCAGCACUCAGUGAAUCUACAUCCAGCAUCAAUAUUCGUCCUCUGAGGUACUUUGAGGAUGUGACAGUGGCUGUUUCAGAGCUCAGAGAUAAACUACAGGACGUUCUGAAAUGGACAAACGUCUCACUGACAGUGACUGAAGUGGAUGUUUUACUGCCACAACCAGAGCCCAAGAUCAGAGCUGGAGUCACAACGUAUUCAGUGCCCACGACCGGAGUUGGAGUCGCAUCGUGUUCAAGGCCCACGACCGGAGUUGGAGUCGCAUCGUGUUCAAGGUCCACGACCGGAGUUGGAGGCGCAUCGUGUUCAAGGCCCACGACCGGAGUUGGAGGCGCAUCGUGUUCAAGGCCCACGACCGGAGUUGGAGGCGCAUCGUGUUCAAGGCCCACGACCGGAGUUGGAGUCUCAUCGUAUUCAGUGCCCACGAGCGUAGUUGGAGUCUCAUCGUAUUCAGUGCCCACGAGCGUAGUUGGAGUCUCAUCAUAUUCAAGGCCGACGACCGUAGUUGGAGUCUCAUCGUAUUCAAGGCGCACGACCGGAGCUGGAGUUGCAUCGUAUUCAGUGCCGACGACCGGAGUUGGAGGCGCAUCAUAUUCAGUGCCCACGACCGUAGUUGGAGUCUCAUCGUAUUCAAGGCCCACGACCGGAGUCGGAAUCAGAAGGUAUUCAAAUACAAAUACAUUUCCAGCAAACAGGAAAUACUGAUUUUUAAUUCUUCGAUUUUUAAUUCUUCUUUUGUCUUAAUGUUUGUUUUUGAGAGCUGAUUGCUGUGGUGUUUCUUCACUGCACAGAGAUCACCUGUUAAUCAAACAUUGUGGGCGGUACUUUGACAUCUUCUCAUUAGUUGUUCUGUAAAUGUUUGAGUGUCUUUAGGUGGCUCUCCUUCCUGUGUCUGUUUAGCCAUGGAGGCUAUCACUGCUCAUGAUGACUGUUGUUUACCUGAACUGAUAUUUCUCUGCAUGAAAAUGUAAACUCUUCUGAGCUCAAAAGGUGUAUUUGUAUGUUGUUUCUCUUUCAUGCACAAGUGUUAAAACAGAAAGCACCAGACCUUCCUUUAUCAUAGAUAUUUUGUUCUCACUCUGAAAAUGUGUAAAGAAAUCUUUACAUUACAUACAAUUACAGAAUUACAUUUACAUGUAUUUCUUUGUCAGACUAAAUGUUGUUGUUAUCCAAAUCAAUAUAGAAAUGGGGAACUAUGAGGGAUUAUAAAAAUGUAAUUAUCAUAAUUAAUGAGUAACUCUUUCAUUAUUUCCUUGUACAUAGCUGAGAUUCUGCUCCAACAAACUGAUUGUGUGGAUGAAGUGAAUCUGUACAUGAACUCAUUGAACAAGAGUCACUGAACAGACUUUACUGAUGGCAUGUGUGAACAAACUGAAGCUUUACAUCAUGAAUAAACAAACAUGAACAAAG